CCUGUGGCCUGGUCCACACGGGCCAGGUGGUUGUCCUGGGGGCACAGAGAAUGUUGUCUCUCUGCCUCUUUCUCACGUAUUUUUUCAUAAUUUUUAAAAUAGCAUCUGUUAGGCUUUUCCUCCCAAUAACAGGAGUGAUUUCUGCUAGUUGUAGAAACUACAGAAAUACCUAAAAUUUCCACCCCCAGAGUUAACCCGUCUUAAUACAUGAAGACUAUGAUGAGCCCAUAGAGGGCAGGAAGCUCUAAGAGGAGCUUGGCAGUCCUCCCGCCCUCUGCUCCCCUGCUGUUUACAGGUGCCCUCUCCAAAGACAAGGCUCCUGGGCCUGCUCUGGGGUCAGGAGUGCUGGCAGUCCCAGAAGCAGCAGUGGGUAGAAAUGAAACAGGAAACCUGUAGGGGGAGAUCUUGUCUUCCUGGGGCUUCAAUGAGAUGUCGAUGAGGGGUCUCAGGUGGGGGUAACUGAAGGUGGCGCUGGACGGAGCACGUCCCUGGUUAGAGUCAAAGCUUCCUGUGGAAACCGGGGGUCUGAGCCCUGCCUUCUCCACGCCAGCCCGGUGGCUCACUGAUUUGGCUCACUCCACGGAAGAGCACAGAAGAGCCUGGCUUCACAGAAGGGGCUUCUGGCCCUGAGGGAUAGAAGGACCUUUACCCACCUCUCUAUUCCCAAGGGCUUUCCUCUCCUGAAAGCAAAGAAAAAACAUCCCCAGCCUCCCCAACACUUGCAAGCAGCCCACGGCAGUGAGGGCAGAGGCCUGGCACACGCCGGGGCUGCAGCCAUGUGUGGCUCCGUGCGGAAGCCAGGGAAACACAGGAAUGUCUCGGGAGGCCCCCUGGGAGGAUACAGGUGGCCAGGAGAAGAGGGAGUUCUCCCUAGUGCCUAAUCCAAAACAGAAAAUAAUGAAAAUUAGAUGUUCUGUUUUUCUGAACACUAGCUCUGUGCCAGGGAAUUCCCUAGAAGUUUUUACAUAUAUUGUCUUACUUAAUCCUCACAACUCCCUAGGAAAGCGGUAGCACUGCUUUAAAGAUGAGGCUCAGAGAAGUUUAGAAAGCAGGCAGCUCUGUUUCCAGCCAUGGCCUGUCUGCAUUCAGAAUUCAGGCUGGUGGUCUCACCACCCUGCAUCCUGCAGUGGCACGCAGCCUGACUGCCCUUGGCCUUGGCCAGGCAGAAGUCCAGGUCAGGGGGAUCUGUGGGAGAGGAGCCAGUGGCCACGAUGCCUAAAACCCAGAGGCCUAGGCAGAGUUGGCAGCACAUGGCACACUGCUGACCACAGUCAGUUGGCAAGGGUGGGUGCCAGGGCCUGGAACCUGCAACCACAGCCUCCCGUGGUGCUGUCCCAGGUUAUCAGGAGCCCUAGGCUCUCGUCUCUGCCCUCAGGCCUGGCCACAUGGGCUCAUGAGAACACCUGACAGUGGGAUAGCAGGACCUGUACCUGGUCCAAAGCCAGCCGCAGCCUCACUCCCCUCUCCUCUGCGGAUGCUGGGUGGAGGCGGAGUGGAGUAGACAGUGGGCAGGGAGACUCCAGGAUUCCCAGGAUUGUUCUGCUCGGGGGAGGAGCCCCCAGGUCCCCAGGUCACGGCAGGGGAGCCUUCUGCCUGCCGGAUGUGCUUCAUCGUGUACUUGGGCGUGGGGCCGUUACAGACUUUGGAGUCAUCAGGAAUCUGGAAGUAACAGCAGCUGGCAGGGCAUAAGCGGGCUGGUUCCCACAGGCCAUGCUCACUUCACUAUCAGGUGUAUGGGAGCCCCACCUCCCUCUCCCAGCACAACAUCCUGUUGGGCCCUAGUCCCUCCACCAGAGCUGUGGGGGCAGGGAGACGGCUGCCCAGCCUGUAAUUGUGAUGGAGGGUGGGGGUUGUCCAGGGUGGUCUACAUGAUCCUGAGAGCUAUGGGUUUCCAGGACCAGCUUCUGCCUUCAGCAAGCAGGUGUCGGACCACCCAGAGCCACAUACACUCUCCCCACCUCACCCCAGGUGGGACUUCCUCCCACUUCAGGGUCUCCCUGGGCCCCCGUCUCACCCCUGCUGAGCCUUGUUUCCUCCUCUGCCAGGGGCAGCACAGAUGCCCCCUCCAGGCUGGGUUCAGAGACCCGGGGAGGGGCAUCAGCCAGCGUGGGAAGGGGAGGGAGGGAGGGAGGGCCGGGGGUUCCUCUUUGCUAUCAAACAGGAACACUGGGUGUUUCUCAGUGGCUUCGAGGAUACUGACGAAAACCCCAGAAUACUGAGUCAUUGUGGCGGCAGCUGAUGGAGAGCACUCAUCCCUGCACCCUCCUAGGAGCAGAAAGACCGGACCCUUCUCUCAGCUCCGCGGCCCAAGCAGCACAUGGAAUUUCAGAACCUGAGCGCUCCCUCGCCUCGCUGCCGCGUAGCCUCUUCCCCAAAGAUGGCCGUGUUCCUGGCACCGGUCCUGGGUGUGGAGUUCAUCCUGGGCCUGCUGGUGAACAGCCUGGCCCUCUUCAUCUUCUGCGUGCACACGCGGCCCUGGUCCUCCAACGUGGUGCUCUUGGUCAGCCUGGUGGCGGCGGACUUUCUCCUGAUCGUCAGCCUGCCCCUGCGCGUGGACUACUACCUCUACCGGGAGACCUGGCGCUUCGGGGCCACGGCCUGCAAGGCCAACCUCUUCAUGCUGUCGGCCAACCGCUCGGCCAGCGUCGUCUUCCUCACGGCCAUCGCGCUCAACCGCUACCUGAAGGUGGUGUGGCCGCACCACGCGCUGAGCCGGGCCUCGGGGCGCGCAGCCGCCGGGGUGGCCGCGGGGCUCUGGGGGGGCAUCCUGUUGCUCAACGGGCACCUGUUCCUGGUCACCUCUCCCGGACAGUCCUGCAUCAGCUACCAGCUGGGCACGAGCUCUUGGCCCGGGCACGACUGGCACCAAGCGCUGUACAUUUUGGAAUUCUUCCUGACAUUUGCGCUCAUCCUCUUCGCCAUCGUGAGCAUCGGGCUGACCAUCCGGCGCCGGGGCCUGGGCGGGCAGGCGGGCCCGCGGCGGGCCCUGCGCAUGCUGGCCGCGGUGGUGGCCGUCUACACCCUCUGCUUCCUGCCCAGCGUCCUCUUUGGCCUGGCGUCCAUCGUGGCCUUCCGCCUGCACGCCUGCCGCGCCCUGGACCUCUGCUCGCAGCUCUUCCACGGGUCCCUGGCCUUCACCUACCUCAACAGCGUCCUGGACCCCGUGCUCUACUGCUUCUCCAGCCCCAGCUUCUUCCGCCAGUGCCGGGCCCUGCUGGGCCUCAGCCAGGGCUCGCAGGACCCAGCCAGCGAUGAGAGCUCCAGCCAGCCCCCCGCUCGCCUCCAGGAGGCCUCCAGAAGGCCUCCAGAAGGUAAAGGCCCGCGGAAGGAGCAGGCGCAGGGCUCCCUGGAGGUCUCGUUGGAGUGAGGGACUAGGGUCUGGGCAGUGGGGAGCCUGGCUUGGAGGGACAAGGUCACUCCUGGACUGUUGCCAGCAGAGACUGCCACAGCCAUCUGGACAAGGGACAUCUGCAGGAGCCAGGUGGGUGGCAGGGAGAGAAACAGGCUUGGCCUCACUGAGACGUGUGUCCCUGGUGCCAUCCCGAGGGCAGGAGGAGUCUGACGGCAGGUGGGGACGGCAGGGGCUGCAGGAGCUGCCCUAUCCCGCCGGGUCGGAUCUGAUGGCUGAGAGCAGCUGCGUUUUCUCGCUUGUCCCUUUCAAUAAGAAUAAACUUUCUUUUGAAAAUGCAAGCCUAUCUUGGCUGUUCUAAAGAAACCUGAAUAAAUGUCUUUGGGUCCAUCCAGUCCUGGCAUCAGUAAGAUUCAAAGGGAAUGCCCCCAAGGUGAAGGGAAACUCCGGGGACAGUGUGGGGAAGCCAUCCAGGGUGCCAUGCUUCUACACAACUCAGAAGUGUCCUCAG